GCUCAUUAGAUGCGUCUGGUUGACUGUUUUCCGGUGGGGCCUUGGGGACUCGGUACUACGCCUUACCCGGCUCUGGGGCUUGGGCUCCGUCCCCAUCCUGGGGAGGUGGGGAAGAGGGGAAGAGGUGAAUGGGAGUCAUGUCGGACCCUUGUGCGGCGAGUAAUGGAGAUCAGAAUACUGAUGUGAAAACAGAGAGUAAUUCUCUUUCUUCAGGGGUAGCUGACCAUGUGAAGGAGCUUGCAAACAAUGCUUAUCAGGCUUACACUUCCGGACAGUUUGACGCUUGUCUGCAAUAUCUGGGUCAUCUGCAAGAGCUGAACAAAGAUGAUUACAAAAUAUCUCUGAAUAAAGCAGUGGCAGAGUUCUACAAAAAUGGACAGACUUUGACAGAUACCUUAAGGCAGACUCUCAACCUGUUGAAAAAUCAG